UUGAAUACUUUUCAUUCACACACACAUCCAUCCAUCCAUCCGAUCAGCCACGCACAGCUGGCAUUCCCGAUGAUAACGUUCUCAUAAGUACGUGUCAGUUCAGUCUCCUUGCGUUGCUCCAGCGCAGUCGUACGCAGUCGAAGCCAGCAGAAGGAACUCCCGGAACGGCAAGCGCCACCGUGGGCUGGGAUAACCGCUGAAACAGCUGAUAAAACACACAGUGCGGUGUAGUGAACAGUUUCCACCGACGCAGGUUGCAUUGACCGGCCGGUACUUUACGCAAAACCCGUUUGCACUUGUCGCGUGAUUGCAAGUGCGAGUGCGAUUGUUUGUUUACAUUGAGCCACGUCUGAUCGGGAGCCCGAGACUCGAGCAGUGAGGUCGAUUCGGCGUUCGUUGCGAGCUCGUUUGGUUCGUGCUCGAGCUCACGAUGUCGAGCGAUCGGGGCGACCUCUGUGUACAAGUACUCGAAGCUCUACCCAACUGCGGGCGGCUGUCUCGGCUGUUGGAAUGUUUUUCGAACGAGUUUGCACGUGCUCCCAGCUUCGUUGUGCGCUGCAGUGGAAGAGUGAAUAUUAUUGGCGAGCAUGUCGAUUACUGCGGAUAUCCCGUCUUUCCGAUGGCCAUCGAGCAGACGAUCCUGCUGGCGGUGGCUCCUUCGGACGACAAUCUGCUGCACAUCAAGAAUGCCGACAGCAACUUCAAGCCGUACAAGUGUAAUGUGCUCACAUUCAGCAUUGAUGUGCCCAGUGCCGGUGGACCGAACUGGUACCAGUACGUGCUGUGCGGCGUGAAGGGAAUACUGGAAAACAGCACCAUACAGCACGAUGCUGCCCGAGGCAUGAUGAUUAUGCUGUCUGGCAACAUUCCGCCGGCAUCUGGACUUUCUAGCUCGAGUGCCAUCGUCAGUGCCACCGUCCUGGGGACAGCGUACAUGCAUAACGCCACGCUGAACAAACAAACUCUUGCCACCAUUUCUGCCGAGUGUGAAAAGUUCAUCGGAACGCAGGGCGGCGGCAUGGAUCAGGCCAUCGCGUAUCUGGCCCAGGAAGGAUGCGCUCAGCUGAUUGAGUGGAAUCCGCUUCGAGCUACGCCGAUCCAACUGCCCGCUAACGCCGUGUUCGUCAUAGCCAACAGCUUGUCCGAAGCGAACAAGGCGGCCACGUCGGAUUUCAAUCAGCGUGUCGUGGAGUGUCGACUUGCCAGCAGACUGUUGGCGAAGCAGAUGAAGCUCAACUGGCGCGAUCUGCAUCGUUUCGCCGAUCUGCAGAAAGCGCUCGGCCAUUCCCUGGAGCAGAUGGAAGCACUCGUGCAUGCCAACCUGGGCCUGACCGUGUACACUAGGAGCGAUUUGCUGAAGCUGCUGGAGGUAACGGAGGAGGACUUUUCCGCCAAUCUGCUAACGCCCAACACGCGCCAUUCGCAGACAUUCAAACUCAGGCAGCGUGCGCUACACGUUCUGCAAGAGUCACUCCGAGUGCAACAGUUUAUAGAAACGGCCAGAUCCAACCCAGUCGACUGCAUUCCGCGCCUGAAAUCACUCAUGAAGCAGUCACAUGAGUCCUUGCGCACGCUUUACGAAUGCUCGCACGAUAACCUGGAUCGGAUUGUGGAGCUCUCGGAUCAGCUGGGCGUAGGGACACGACUCACUGGAGCCGGAUGGGGCGGAUGCGUCGUUGCACUGUGUGACGGUGUGGAGGAAAGCCAACGCUUCGUCGAAACGCUCAAAUCGGAGUUUUACGCCAACCUGCCUAAGGCACAGACGUGCGACCUUGGGAUUCUGUGCUUUGCCACCAGCCCGCAACGAGGAGCCGAAAUUUAUUCCAUCGAACUGAAGCAACGCAACAUUUUGGGCCCCUCAGCGUAAGCUAUAAUUGCCUUCAGCUCGUUCUAGCAAAAAACGCUAUAGGAUAUUCUGUAAUUUAGUUACCAAGCUCAUUCAUGCCAUGGCAAGGAUAUCCUUCAGACUUUCUUUUACGUGCCAUGGCCAAAACAAGCUUAAUCUGCCAUUUUAAUUUAAUUGUGCUGCAUUCUAUGAUAGUUUAUCUAAGACAACUGUUCAACAAAAACCUUGUUUCAUCUGCCCUGGCCAAACAAAUCUGCUGAGUUUGGUUUAUCGUUUAAGUCUUGUUUAUUGCUAGAGUAAGUAACGUGGUAAAGCCGGAGAGGCAAGCAAUAAAUGGUAACAACAAGCAACGGACUUCUUUGCCUUUGUGAAUCUUGAAAUUCGGAACAUUUUUUAUACUAAACAUAACAAAUAAAUCUUAAAAAUUAAAAAAUAUGA